GGCGCUACCGGGCGGCACUGCGCGGCUCGGUCCGGUCCGGUGCGGCGCUGCGCGGCUCGGUUCGGAGAUGGCCGCCCCAGAUACCGGCAGCACAGGUCAGUGCCGCCGGAGCGGUGUCCGCGCCGCGGGUAUUGCGGGGGAGCGGAGCUGCGGGGACGCGGAGCGGCGCCGGGACCCGCACCGGGAGUGCGGUGGAGGCGUUCCGCCGUCCCGGGAGGGCGCGGUGCCGCGGAGCAGGAGAAGGACCGGGAGCGGAGCGGCACCGGGGGGUCCCGACGGCGGCACCGGGCACCGGAGCGCGCUGACAGCGGCACGGGGCGGUGCGGGGCAGCGGGUCGGGCGGGCUGGGCACCGGCGCCGGCCGCUGCUGAGUACCGGGACGCGCCGACAGCCGCACCGGGCGGUGCUGAGCACCGAUACCGGGCAACGAGAUGUGCUGACAGCCGCACCGAGCGGCAUUGGGCAGCGGCACCGGGCACGGGGAGCGCUGACAGCGGCACGGCGCAGUGCGGAGCGGCAGUACCGGGAUGCGCUGACGGCGCUGCGGAAGCGCGGCGAUCCCGGGCGGACCCCCGCACGGCGGCGCGGGCGCAGCGGCACCGACAGCUCCGUGUGCGGCCCGGGAGGCACCGGGGGGGUCCCGCAGCGGCACCGGGCGCGGUGGGGGGCGGAGGAGCUGCCCCCCCCCCCCCCCCUCCCAGCCCCCCCCCCGGCACGUGGCCCCCUCCCCGGCGCUGCCACGUGCGGAGUUUGUUUUCCCCGCAGCCCCGCCCCGCCCCCGCCCAUUGGUCGCGGCCCCUCGUGACGUCACCGCCGCCCCCCCCUCCCCGUGACGUCACACGCGGAAGCGGGGACGCCGCGCUCCGCUCGCUCGCUCCGCCGUGGGGGGGGGGCGGCCAAUGGUGGCGGGGGGGGCGGAGCGACGCGUGAGGGGCGGGGCCGGGGGCGGCCACGUGCGGGGGGAGCACGUGGGGCGGCGGCGUGAGGCGCGCCAGGGGGGGGGGGGGGGUGGCGGCCGCGGAGCCGUGACGCCUCCGGGCCCCCCCCGCGUCCCGCGGUGCCGGGGAACCCCUCCGGGCGGUGUCAUCAGCUACGUGGGCUCCGUGGGGUCCCCCCCCCGCGCCAGCCCCGUCCCGCUGUGCAGCGAAGGCUCCGUCGGCGGCCCUCAGUCCGUCCCCCUCUACUUCCCCCCGUCGCCCACCGGCUCCCUGCAGGACUCCCGGCCCUACGGGGGCGGCCCGCUGCCCCCCCGCGAUGAUGGCUCGCCUUCCUCCUCCUCAUCCUCCUCCUCCUCCUCCUCCUCCUCCUCACCCUACGGCCCCUCGGUCGCAUUCCCCGGCUCAGUGGCGGUGGCAGCGGAUGAGCGACGCCGCGGUUCGCCCAACAAGAGCGGCACCAAUGUCACCAAGCUGAACGGCAUGGUGCUGCUCUGCAAGGUCUGCGGUGACGUCGCCUCCGGCUUCCACUAUGGUGUGCACGCCUGCGAGGGCUGCAAGGGAUUCUUCCGUCGCAGCAUCCAGCAGAACAUCCAGUACAAGAAGUGCCUGAAGAAUGAGAACUGCUCCAUCGUCCGCAUCAACCGCAACCGCUGCCAGCAGUGCCGCUUCAAGAAGUGCCUGCUGGUCGGCAUGUCCCGCGACGCCGUGCGCUUCGGGCGCAUCCCCAAGCGGGAGAAGCAGCGGAUGUUGGCGGAGAUGCAGAGCGCCAUGAGUGUGGGCAGCGCCGUGCUGGGGGGGGCACCUCUGGGCGAGGGACCCGUUCCUGUGGGGGGCCGCCCGCUGCCCCCCGGCCCCCCGCCGCUCGCCCCCCCCGCCUGCUUCUCCCAGUUCCCGCAGCAGUUGACCCCCCCUCGCUCGCCCAGCCCCGGGGGGGCCACCGAGGACGUCAUCGCUCAGGUGGCCAAAGCGCACCGGGAGAUCUUCGUCUACGCGCACGACAAGCUGGGCCCCCCCCCGAGCUGCGACGGCGCCCACCCGCGCUGGGACGCGGCCCCCCCCGCCUGGACCCCCGCUCCCCUCGAGCCCCGGCUCUGCCCCCCCCCCCGCCGCCGCAUACCCCGACCCCACAGCGCGGGGCUGCGCGUGGCCCCGCGGCCCCAAGGACGUGCUGCCGGUGAGCCCAACGGGGGCUCCCAUCCCGCCCCCCCCCGCUCGACGGCCGCUAAUUGCGCUCCCGGCCGCGCUGAGCCGCCGCUCCCGCAGGCCUGCCCCAUGAACAGCCACCCGGCGGGGCGCAGCGGGCGCUCAGUGCAGGAGAUCUGGGAGGAUUUCUCGCUCAGCUUCACGCCCGCCGUCCGCGAGGUGGUCGAGUUCGCCAAGCACAUUCCCGGCUUCCAGGCGCUGUCCCAGCACGACCAGGUCACCCUGCUCAAGGCCGGCACCUUCGAGGUGCUGAUGGUGCGCUUCGCCUCGCUGUUCAACGUGAAGGAGCAGACGGUGACGUUCAUGAGCCGCACCAAAUACAGCCUGGAGGAGCUGUGGGGUAUGGGCAUGGGCGACCUGCUCAGCUCCAUGUUCGAGUUCAGCGAGAAGCUCAGCGCGCUGCAGCUCAGCGACGAGGAGCUGGGGCUGUUCACCGCCGUCGUGUUGGUGUCGGCAGACCGCUCCGGGAUGGAGGACGCGGCGUCGGUGGAGCAGCUGCAGGAGACGCUGAUCCGCGCGCUGCGGGCUCUGGUGCAGAAGACGCGGCCGGCCGAGAGCUCCCGCUUCACCAAACUGCUGCUGAAGCUGCCCGACCUCCGCACCCUCAACAACCUCCACUCCGAGAAGCUGCUCUCCUUCCGCAUCGACGCGCAGUAGGGACCCCCCCGUGCACAGCCCACCCCCCCGUGCGCCCCCCCCGGACCCUCCCCCCCCUCCCACCC